UUCCUGCUUCCGGUUUUAAGGACGAAAGUGAAGACUCUAACGAGAUUUUUAUGAAGUUUUAGAAGACAAAUAACAAAAUGUACAGCUUGUGUAUUGCUGUACUUUUUGCUUUCUUGACUACACAAUCGCUCGUUUCUGCACAGAAACCUGAAAUUGUCGAUGAGAUCUGGCCUGAGGUACAGCCUGUAGGACGGACGGCUCGUAUCAACUGUACUGUGGCUCGUUUGGGAGAUAACACUGUAACGUGGUAUCUAAUGGAUUAUGGGCAGACAAUAUCCGUGGGUGAGACCAUUGAGAUGCUGAACCCCGCCAUUGGUGGCCUGAGGAAGUACGAGGUGCAGACCAGGAGGAAUGUUGACCGAGUGACCCACAUGCUGGUCAUCAGACGUCUGCAGCAGCAGGACGCUGGCCAGUACAAGUGCACUGUCCGUAUCGCAUCAGUGGCCAACAACCUGUGGCCCACCAAGAUUGGGACGGUGACGGUUCAGGUUGCCCCCACCAUAAAAACAGGUCUCACGACAGCUGUGCUUCAGGUGAACCGAGGUGACAACUCCAGUCUCAGGUGUGAUGCCACAGGCAUCCCCUACCCUAACAUCACCUGGACAAGGUCAGAUGGUGGCCUCCUACCUGUGUUGCCCAACCCUGUUGCCCUGUACAGAAGUGACCGCCUGCCCUUGACCAAUGUGGACAUCCAGCACAUGGGCGUGUACCGCUGUGUAGCAGACAACAACAUCAAGCCCCCAGCUGAACACCUGGCGGAGGUGUUUGUCUUCCACGCCCCCAAGACCAGGGUCGUGCAGGACUCAGUUGGCCAGGCGCAGAACAGGAGGUUUUGGGCCAAGUUGGAGUGUAUAGUUCAAGGACACCCUGAGCCCACGGUGACAUGGGAGCGUGUAGUGUCCCAGGGCCGUUUGAGGAUCACUGAUGAUGAUAAGUUUGACAUCAACAAACAGACCAGGGACAACCAGAACCUCAAGGCCAUGGAGCAGUGGUACACUCUCAAGGUCAAAUUCGUCCAGGCUAACGACUACACUGAUUACUACUGCAUUGCACAAAACAAUUUCGGGAGAUCUGAGUCGAAGAUUGUUCUCUUUGAAACUACUGAGUGCCAAGGUCCAAAUUGUCCUUCCCUGCCUCCAUCAAGCUCAAUGAGAGUUACCUGCUCUUUGUUUUUCUUACUCAUAGUUCAGUGUAUUCUUAGGUUAUAAUGUCAUGGUUAAGUGGUUUGUUUUGUAUGUGUGUGUAUGAAUGUGUGUGGUUGUGAUAGUAGUGCUGGUUAAGUUGGCGUGUGUCUCACAUGAGGCUGUCACAAAAUGUACAGUUAGCACGAUUUAUCAAAGUGAAGAAUUAAGAAGUCAUGUAAGGAGUUUCAUACUAGAAAAUGUUUUAUGGUGCUGAGUGCAUAUCUAUUAGUGUCAAAUUAGUUACAUCAAACUAGUGUCAUAGAGUUAGUCAUCAUGUGGUAAGUGUGGGAAUUGUUGCCAUUGUGUACGUUUGUUUAUCAAACUUUGUGUACAGACUACCACAUGAUCGUUAAACCAAUGUCUAACUACUAAGUGCACUAAAUAGUAAGCAGUUUAGCAUGUUUCUGCUGCCUUUUUACAUUGUACAUUCCAUUUUUUUAUACUUGUAUAUUUUUCACAUUGAGCAAUUUUUUGUGUACAUUACUC